AUGGAUGCUGAAGGAUCCGAUGCGGCAAAGGAGGCCAACGAAGGAGGGUCCAACUAUUCCCAUACCUUUUCUGUACAUGCUGUUCCCUUUGAGCCUGGAUUAAACGCGUCUUCGUCUAUACCAAAUAGGUGGCAAGACGUGUCCUCUACGAUGUCAGAUCAAUUGUCCACCAUGGGGGCAAAUGCAUCCUGGCCCUACCCGACACAUUACAUUGAUUUUUUUACUUUGAACGCAAGCAUGAGGACCAUUCUGGAGGCGGCAGCCAUGAUGAACGCCGGGGCGAAACGCUACAGCGGAGCCCCCAUUGUGAGAGCAUCGAGUCCUAGCAAGAAGAAUCUAAAUGCCUCUGAAGGCAGCAAAAAACGAGAAAAAGGCGGCAUAUCAAUCCAUGCUAAGCCAUGGUCCCCAUCACCUGAAACUGGACUAAGUCCAAAGGAAGGAGACACUUACACUCACCUAAAGAAAGGGUGGGUAAAGGUUCCGUACCGUGGUGAAAUGGUGAUUGCCCCAGUUGCUUUCAAAGAAAUAGCUAAUGAUUUUGUGCACUCGCUUACUGUAAAACCUAUUGAAAAACCAAGAAUUCAGUUAGAACUGUAUAAUUAUCAUUGUGCGCGAUGUGCAACACAUUCUUUUUUUGGGCGUUUGUCGUGCAGGGGCGCGGAUGUUAUUUUGAAAGGCAUUGCUGGAGAUAUUCCCCCGCUGUGCGUAGCACAUUUACUUGAACAGGUUACGGGAGCUGUUGUUUGUGCCUUAUUUACUGAGGGUGACUAUCUUGACUACGAAAUAUGGCUAGAGAACCCCGAUAAAGCUAAUUUCUUUGCCAAGACGAUUUCUGAUGCAAUGUGGACAUGUCCAAUGUUUCAUGGGUAUGCGGUUCACACGAGGACGGAAGAUGGUAAGGCUUUUUUGCAUGAAUAUAUAUCAAGCCUCAAAGACGAUUUUCCCGAAGAGACACCUUACCCUAUGCGUUGCGUCGAAGCGAUUACUUCAUCUACUGGAAAAGUAAAAAGUUAA